AAUCCGUUCCUUUCCGGGAAAGGAAGCGUGUGAAAACUAGAACCUUCUUCCUCAUUCAAUCUGGGUUUGGCUUUGGCUUUUCCUCCAAGCCAACCCCAGAACACCCAAACCCUCUAUAUAUAUCUUCAACCACACAACCCUCCUCGUUAAGUUUUGCCCCAAAAUUGAAAUCUCCUUCUCAUUGCAUUUAGAUCAAACCCCAAAACCAAACAUGUCAGGAGGAACAGAAGCUUUUCCAGAUUUGGGAAGACAUUGCCAGCACCCUGAUUGCCACCAACUCGAUUUCCUCCCUUUCAAAUGCGCCGGCUGCCAUGACGUGUUCUGCGUCGAACACCGCUCUUACAAGUCCCACGACUGCCCCAAAUCCGACCACAACAGCCGGAAAGUGAUAAUUUGUGAAGUCUGCUCCACCUCCAUAGAGACCACCGGCCACGACGGCGAAGCGAGCCAGAAGGUGUUGCUGGAGAGGCACAGCAAGUCCGGGGAUUGCGACCCGAAAAAGAAGAAGAAGCCCACAUGCCCUGUUAAGAGGUGCAAGGAGAUUCUGACCUUUUCGAAUAAUAGUACUUGCAAGACUUGCCAUUUGAAGGUCUGCCUCAAGCACCGGUUUCCGGCAGACCAUGAAUGUAAGAAGGAAGCGAAGGCGGUGCCUGUGGCGGCGAACGGAGGGGCCUGGAAUGGGAGGUUCUUGGCUGCUUUUGCUUCGAGGAAUGGGAAAGAUUGUGGGAAGAGUGAGAGGGGUUCCAAGUCUCCUCCCAGUACUCCAUCAGUUAGGGCAUUUUGAGAAAGAGAUUACUGGGCUUUUGUUUUUUCAUUCAAAGUUCAGUACUUUCAUGUAAACAAUCAAAUUCUGUAUUUGUGCUAUGGUAAUUGAAAUUCUUCACAUUGCCAAG